AUGAACUGUCUCACCCCCAAGAGCAAGAGACGUAACAAUGACGAAUCAAGAAUACCUUCCUACUACUCAGUGCAACCCCCAUACAAUCCUGAGUUCAUGUAUGAAAACUAUGAAAGCAAAACAAGUUACUAUUUCCCCGGAGGACUGCGCUACACCGUGCAGCAUUCAUUAAACUACGACGAGGAAACCGAUGGGCGGGGGCGGUCUCUAUACGAAGGCGUUAACUGGCAACCGGUGAGUGCGCAAGUGUUGUUACUUGUGUGCAUCGCGCCGCACGAUACAUGCGCUUAG